AGUUUGAGAGGGGAUUCGCAUGGUGCCAGCGCUCGUCGAGCCAAGAUCGCCCGUGGGCAGCGCGGUCGUCGAGGCCUAUGCGCGCUCGGCGCGGGCGGCGACCGAGUGCUACGGCCUUACGAAAGACCUGCCAUGGCCGUGCGCGCGCGGCUCGCUGGCGUCGCUCAUCCCGAGCCUCGCGGCCAUGAACCUCCAUCUUGCGCUCGUCGAGGCGGUCGCGGGGCACAUUGCCGCCUGCUUCCGGUACAGAGACCCGCUCGGCGACGUGGCGCAUGGCCGAUCACCUUUCGACCUCGUUCUUAUCGUCGACGCAACGCCUGAGCCCAAGUACGACCAGGCGUUCCAGCUCGAGCUACUGCAGGAGCUCGCGGCCGAUGCGUCGCCCGACCCGUUUGUCGCCGCCAACACGGACAUGCUCCUUGCGCGCCACAACGCGCCGGUGCUGCACAUGGCCUUUCUGCGAGCGUCCAAGACGCUGCGCUUCGUGGUCGCCCGGCAGGACGGUCACGCCUAUGUCUGGGAGUGGGCCCGCGAGAAGCUCUCGUGGGUCUACCUCAAUAGCUUUCGCUUUGCCGACGAUCCGGUCGCAGCGCUCACCGCGUUCCCGACCUUUGCCGGUGCGCACGGGCUCGCGUGGUCGGAUGCGAAUGGCGCGCUGCAGUGCCGCCACGUCAGCUUUGAGACCAUUCCGUCGCUCGCCAAGCACCCGACGCACAUCGUCGUGGGCCAUCCGAUGACGCUACCUCGUGACGCGUCGAGCCGCGUGGCCCUCUUGAGCUCGUCGCGCGGGCUCUGGCUCGUCUCCGACUGCCACGUCGAGCUCAAGAGCGCGCAGUCGCCCGUGACGCACUCGUGUUCGCAUCCAUCGCCGCUUCUCGACCUCGUGGCUUGUGUGCACGACGUCACGGGUGCGCUAUUGACGCUCGCCAAGUCGUCUGGCAUUCUCCAUCUCGCGCACCUCGUCAAGGGCCAGCUACACUGUCGGCGACUUCCCUUUACGCUGCCGGCGCCGGCGUCGGUCGUUGCGCUCGCGUGCCACCGGCAGUUCCUCCUCGUCACGACACUAGAGAGCACGCUGGUGGUGUACGACGUGCACUCGGGCGCCGAAGCCACGUCGCUCUCGCUGCCGACGGCGACAACCUAUCGUCUCUGGGGCUCGGUCGUUUACGCCGGUGUCUAUGCCGAGCACGCGUUCUACCGCCUCAAGCUGCCAAGCGCGACGCAGUACGCCGAGAGCCUUCCAUUGGGAUUCGCGCACCUGCGAGACCACGGCCCGUCGCUAAGGUUCCCGCAAGUGGCGGCAGCGUACGCAUCGCUUCGCCGAGCACACGUCAACGACCGUAAGGGCGAUGCCUACGACACGGUCGCGGCGCACCUCGAGCACCCGGCGCUGCUUCUGGCCUUGCUCACGGACGCUAAAGUCCCGGAAUCGAUCGUCGACGACCUCCGCGGGCGCCUCGGGGCCAUGCAGCUCCACUACAAGCACGCAUUGCACGCGGUGCCGGCGGCGGCGGUGGCGGCGACACCGCUUCGCCCGCUCACGCCCAUCAACUUGGACUCGUUUGCGUACGUGCACGCGUGGCUGCAGCUCAAUUGCGAGCGCAACGCGCUCCUGCAGCCGCAAACGAACGUGCGCCCGCGCGCGCGCACGGCCGAGUCGGACGUCUCGCUCGACAUGCAGCGGUUCCGUCCGACGCCGCUCACCAUCAGCCGCGAGCUCCACGCACUCUCGCCGCUUCAAUUUACCUCGUGGGCGUGCUCAGCCCAGUUUGGCCGCCGGCUUUUGCGGCAGCUGGAAGCGCUUUUACUCGAGAACGUCGUCUUUAAGAGCCAUUCGCCGACAUCGGGCGUCCCGAGCCACUUGCUCUUCCACGAAGAGCGCACGGCGAGUGACUACCGCCGGUCGCCGGCGACCAAGCAGCUCUAUUUCGAGUGCAUGGCCCGGCUGUACGCGCAGCACGAGCCAAGCGCGCUGUCGCCCUUCGUCGCAUGCGUCGACCAGUACUGCCCGCGGCUCUUCUCGCUGGAGGGCCAGCACCUCGUGCCAACGCGCCGUCACAGCCAGCGCGCGCUUCUCGCCUUGUCGCCUCUCGCGCUCUCGACGACCAAGGAGGAGAAAGCGGCAGUGUCCGCCCACGCCGACGUCCUAUGCCAAAGCGACGCGUGGCUCGAAGCCGCGACGCUCCUGCUGGCCCACGACGAGUACGCCAAGUGUGUUUUGCUCUUGGACAGAGCGCCCGACGCCGUGUGUCCGCUGCUCUACUGGCCGCUGCUGCGCCACUGCGUCGAAAAGCAAGGCCCGGACGACCUCGUCGCCUUGUUGCAGCGCAAGCCCGCAUCUCUCUCGUCGUCCCUCGUGCUCCGCCACCUCCAGUCGUAUGUGUCUUCUAGCGUUUCGCUCGGCGCCCUGCGACCGGCCAUCCGCCUCCUUCUGCGCCACCCGUAACAAUGGACGCCUCUUCUCGUAG